AUGGUGAACUACUGGUCUAGUUUGUUUGUGCUUCCUAAGGCAGUCUUAGCAGAGGUUAACAAGCUGUUAAGGAAUUUCCUAUGGUCGGGCACUGAGUUUAAGCACACUGGAGCAAAGUGGGUGAGAGUUCAGCUGGUUCGGGACAGAUGUUUCUGGACUUUGGGUACUCCUCAGAACUGUUCCAGUAACUGGAAGAAGAUCCUCCAGCUCAAAGGGGUUGCUAGGUCUAUGAUUUUGCAGAAGGUUGGUAAUGGGGAGCAUACUUACUUUUGGGAGGAUAAUUGGUUGCAUGGGGGACCACUUUCCUUGAGGGUUGCAGAGGGAUUUUUACAGGAUUCGCAGAUUCUUCCUCACCAGCGCCUUUCCUCUCUAAUUUCGGAUGGUGAUUGGUCCUUCCCAGCUUCCAUACUUGAGCAAUUCCCUGCAAUUGCUCUCAUUGCUCCUCCAUCUUCAUCACCUGACUCUUCUAGUUGGAUUCCAUCACCCACUGGAUCAUUCACACUAUGUCACACUAUUGGAUGGCUUGAAGCUCCUCGCCCUUCCACGAUUUGGCAUCAUCUCGUGUGGAGCUCUCUCUCUGUUCCACGAUGUAAAUUCUCAUUGUGGUUGGCAGUUCAGAACCGCCUCUCAACACUGAACCGUAGUAGUAUGAGAGAUGUCCCAGGCCUAAGGUUGUGUCAUCUCUGCAACUUCUCCGAUGAAUCUCAUGACCACUUAUUUUUUGCAUGCACUUUCGCGAGGCCGAUCUGGGUCUACUUGCAGCACAAAUCCAGAUUUCACGCCCCCCCUUCGUCUUGGAAUUAUUUCGUUGCUUGGGCUUCCCAUAACUGGUCUGGCAGGAACUUGAGAUGUGCAAUGAACAGACUCACUCUAUCCAGUGCAAUCAAUAAAAUCUGGGAAGAAAGGAACAACAGAGCUUUUCGGAACCAAAAAUCCUCACAGAUGGUGGUCCUAAGGCAUAUUACUGAACUGAUUCGGCAGAAUCUUCUAUCAAGACAGGUUAAGGACUCACCUUUUGCAAGGAAAUUGGCUCUUCAUUGGGAUCUCCCAUCUUUUGUGAGGCCACCGGCGAAGCCUCCGGACCUAAUUGUCUAA